GCACCUUCCACCUAGCUUCGCGGCCCCAAUCUCAGUAGCAGCAAAGCAAGUGCUGCGACCACCAUGAAUAUUUUGACUGGAAUACUAUCGUCGUCUCCACCGUCUACCCUUCUCCAUUUCAAUCGAUUUUUCAUUUCGUCCUUUUCUUCAUCUUAUGAAACCCAAAUUCAAUCUUCUUGGAGAAGGAGGUUCUGGAGGAGCAUCUCGAUGUAUUCAUCAUCAUCAUCUUCCUCUUCAUCCCUUUAUACUUGUGCGUCCUCUUCUAGAAUCGAUCCUAUUGUAUCGCCGUCGGUUGUCGGAGAACCAGAAACGAUUACGGAAAAUAACAAGCCACCGAAGCAAUAUCCGUGGCUGAUUGUAGGUCUUGGAAACCCUGGGAAAUUGUACAACCGCACAAGGCACAAUGUGGGUUUUGAGAUGGUAGAUGCAAUAGCAGAAGCCGAGGGUAUCUCCAUGAGCAGUGUUUCCUUCAAAGCUUUCUUUGGGAAAGGGUGUAUUGGAAAUACUCCACUGAUGCUUGCUAAGCCACAAACUUUCAUGAAUGUUAGCGGUGAGUCUGUUGGAGCAAUUGUUUCUUUCUAUAAGAUUCCACCGAAGCAAGUACUUGUGAUUUAUGAUGACUUAGAUCUGCCUUUUGGAAAGUUGCGGUUAUUGCCAAAAGGUGGACACGGAGGACACAACGGGAUGAAGAGUGUGAUCAAUCACCUGAAAGGAAGCCGUGACUUCCCCCGUCUACGUAUAGGCAUCGGGAGGCCUCCAGGCAAGAUGGAAGCUGCUACCUACGUUCUUCGGCGAUUUAACAAACAAGAAAGCGAGGAGCUGGAUUUCACAUUCCAAAAUGGGGUCGAAGCGCUUCGAAUUCUUUUGCUCCAAGGUUUUGAUAAGAGUGCGACAUUCGUGAAUAGUCCGAAACCUUUGAAGCAUCUUCAAUGAAGAAUUUGUUUAAAAGCCAGACGAAUGGAGGUAUAACUGUAGAACAUCGAUUACGUCGUGAAACCCUUUUUCCACACGAAGCCACAAUGAAGGUAUAUAAGAUAUAAGUAUCGGCUAACUCUGUGCUGGCAACCAACCAUUUUAUAAAUUGUUUUCGACAUAUAAUAUAGCAAUACGUACGAACUAGCUAUUUUAAAAAGCCAUUGUUAGGUAAUUUAAUCACGGUUUCAUCGAUCUAUUCUAUGGUUAAGAUCGGUUUAAAAUUUUUGUAAUAGAAAUGAUUGGGUUUUAUGUUCA